AUGGAAUUCACUACAUUGAAUUGCCUUUCUGUAGACAAAGAGGUGCAAGCAACAGUUAUUGGUCAGGGCUUUGAGAUUCUUCAGAGAAGUAAUUCCUCUACAAGUGAGAAUGAAACACUAAACAGAUCAGAAAAUUUGACAGACAGCUUGCAGGGUGUCACCCACAUUGAAGAUGAGGCAAGUCCAAGGGAAGAGCCAUUGCCAACAACACCUAGAAUCAAAUUGAUGACCACAGAGAAAGGUGAUUCUCCACCAGGAGUUCCCUCUCAUGCAGUGACUGCUAGUCCCGUUUCUCAAAUGGAUAUUGAUGCUUCUGAAGAUACAAAAAUUGAGGAAGAGGAUCUUCUAACAGAUUUGAAGGACACACUGAAUAGUUCACCAUCCAUCAUAAAAGAAACUAUGGAGUCAGAUGGAGGGGAUGACUAUGGUGGUUAUGAAAUGACAUCAAAUUCCAGAUACAAUCCCGACCUUCUAGGCAUGUCAGAAGAUGAUGGCUCUGACACCAUUAGUAAUUACAAUGAGGAGAUCAAGACCCUUGAUGAGAAGAUAAAAGAUGUUUCUGUCACAGGGUUGGAAGAAGAAGAAGACAGCCAUUUCUUUUUUCAUCUGGUGGUAGUUGCCUUCUUAGUAGCUGUUGUUUAUGUCACCUACCACAACAAGAGGAAGAUCUUCUUAUUGGUCCAGAGCCGAAGAUGGAGGGAUGGCCUGUGCUCUAGGACAGUGGAAUAUCAUCGUUUAGAUCAAAAUGUGAAUGAAGCAAUGCCUUCCCUGAAAAUAACCAACGACUAUGUGUUUUGAGAGCACUGUGAUCUGAGUUUGCUGAACUUAGCACUCUUUGCCUGCCUAGUCAUGUGAUGAUAUUCAGGUAUUCUACAGAUGCUGCUUGUGCCGAAAUGAGAUGUUCUCUCUUUGAGCUGGAUGUUUCUGAGAUUCAGUCUCAUGCAAGAUCAAGGGCAUGAUACAUCUGUUUGCUACUUUGGUCAGGUUUUAUAUCAACUAUAAAGAUACAGAGUAUAAUAAUUAGUGCUCUUUCCAU